GGUAUCCGAGGCUACUGCAAGUUACUCAGUGUUUGAUAUUGUGUGGAAGAAGACUCCUGGAGGACAUCUCUUUCAUAAAUUCCCGAUUGUUCAGUUAAAAAUUCCCAACAAGAAUGAUUAACGUUCAGUAACGUUGUGGUGCAUAAAAAAUUGAGUUUGUUUUCAACUAAAAAUGGCAUUGCUCACGAAAUUCUGGGGAUUGGACGCACUCGCGGGAUGUUUCGCGCUGAUAAUAGUGCUCUACCUCUACAUGACGAGAAAUUUCAAUUAUUGGACGAAACGGGGAGUCAAGCAGAUCCCGCCAGUUCCGUUUUUCGGGAGUUUCAAGGAGAUUAUUCUGCAGCAGCAAUUCCCCGGUCAUUUCUUCAGGGAUUGGUAUGAGAAAUACUCACCCCUGCCUUACAUCGGCUUCUACGUUCUUGAUAAACCGUUUCUCCUGAUUCGCGAUCCAGAGCUUGUUAAGAAUGUUCUUGUGAAGGAUGCCAACUACUUCCAGGACAAACAUCUCACAGCUAAUUCUAAUGACACACUUAGUGCUGCUAAUCUUUUUCUCAUUAAAAAUCCAGCCUGGAAGUAUGUGAGAUCGAAAUUGACGUCGGUGUAUACCGCUGGAAGGUUGAAGAAAAUGUUUGAGUUGAUGAUGGAUGUUUGCAAGGAUUUGGAAACGUUCUUGGAAUCCCAGAAAUUAGAAGGUGCCGGCCGCGUUUUAGAGAUGAAGGAUGUAUCCGCAAAAUUCACGACCGACCUCAUUGCAACAACUGCUUACGGCAUCAAAGCGAAUUCCCUCAAUGAUCCCGAAGCAGAAUUUCGAAAACACGGCAAGAAGAUCUUCGAGUUCACGACUUACCGUGGUUACGAGUUUUUAGCAAUGUUCUUUGCACCUCAGUUUGUUAAACCUCUGAAUAUUCAAUUCUUCCAUAAAGAAAGUACAAAAUUCUUGAGAGAAGCACUCUGGAAUACUUUGGUAGAGCGACAGAAUUCGGGAAUCAAACGCCCCGAUCUCAUCGACCUUCUCAUUGAAUUGCGAAAGAACCAACCGGAGGAGGAGAAAAAAAUUUUCGAAUUCGAUGGCGACAAUCUGGUGGCGCAAGCUGCAGUUUUCUUCACUGGUGGAUUUGAAACUUCCUCCACUGUCAUGAGUUUUUGUCUGUACGAACUCGCGACACAUCCAGAAGUUCAAGACAAAUUGAGGCAAGAAAUAAAAGCGGCUCUGGAUGAGAACGAUGGCAAACUAACGUAUGAAAUGACGACAUCAGGCUUGCCGUACCUGGACGCUGUACUAGCCGAAGUUCUGCGUUUCUACCCACCUCUGCCCUACUUGGAUAGAGAGGCAUCUUACGAUUAUAAAAUCCCAGGUACUGAUUUGGUUCUCAAGAAAGGAACUCCAGUACUGAUUCCAAUGUUGGGUUUACAUUUCGAUGAGGAUUACUUCCCAGACCCCUUUCGCUUCAAUCCCGACAAUUUCUCUGAGGAGAACAAAAAAGCUCGCAAGGGGGGCGUCUACAUGCCUUUUGGAGAUGGGCCACAUGCUUGUAUAGGUCUUCGACUUGGAUUGAUCCAAGCAAAACUCGGAAUAAUUACCCUGCUCUCAAAGUACGAAAUUUCACCGUGCAAGGAGACCCUCAUUCCCAUGAGAUUGAACCCAAAAGCUGUGAUAUCUACUCCAGACGGCGGUAUAUACCUCACAGUGCGGAAAUUAGUUGACUAGCUUAUUCUGGAAAGUAAUCGAAAUGAUGGAAAAUUUCUCACAGUAAUAUCAUGAAUAUUCGGUGUAAUUUGCAAUAAUAUCAUCUGUUAUUUUAAGCUGAUUAUGUAUAUCAAGAAGGAAAUUAUCAAUUAAAAUGAAGAUAAACUUGUG